CAACGUUUCCACACCUGCAAAGUGAGUGAGCGUUUGUAGUCGAGCAGCAAAACCCAUGGCAACCCUGAAGGAAAUCCUAACCCGACGACCCGUGGCGGCGACGAUCCGCCUCACAGUCCCGGCGGGAGCCGCCCGACCCGUAGCUCCGGUGGGAGCUCUGGGUCAAUACAGGCUAAACCUUGCCUUCUGCAAGGACUUCAACGCCCGGACCCAGAAGUACAAACCCGAAACCCCCAUGGCAGUGAUCAUCACCGCCUUCAAAGACAACACCUUCGAGUUCACUGUGAGGUCGCCGUCCGUCACCUGGUACUUGAAGAAGGCCGCCGGGAUCGAGUCUGGCAGCAGUCGUCCAGGACACGCGGUGGUCGACGCUAUCGGUGAGGCACGUGUUACGAGACAAGAGGGGUGA